GUGGCGCCAUGGCUUCCCGGGAGGAGGUGCUCGCUCUGCAGGCAGAGGUUGCCCGGCGUGAGGAGGAGCUGAGUUCCUUGAAGCAGAGACUGGCAGCGGCUCUUUUGGCGGAGCAGGCGCCAGAGCGGCUGGUCCCGGCGUCACCCCUGCCGCCGAAGGCCGCUCUGUCUCGGGAGGAGAUUUUGCGUUAUAGCCGGCAGCUGGUGCUCCCGGAGCUGGGAGUGCGCGGACAGCUGCGCCUGGCCGCCGCGUCGGUGCUCGUCGUGGGCUGCGGUGGGCUCGGCUGCCCGCUGGCGCAGUACCUGGCCGCGGCCGGCGUAGGCCGCCUUGGCCUUGUGGACUACGACGUAGUAGAAAUGAGCAACUUGGCGCGGCAGGUGCUGCACGGCGAGGCGCUGGCCGGGCAGGCUAAGGCCUUCUCGGCCGCUGCGUCGCUGCGCCGCCUCAAUUCGGCGGUAGAGUGCGUGCCCUAUGCGCAAGCGCUGACGCCGGCCACGGCGCUAGGCCUAGUCCGCCGCUACGACGUGGUGGCCGACUGCUCUGACAACGCGCCCACUCGCUAUCUGGUCAGUGACGCGUGUGUGCUAGCCGGCCGGCCUCUCGUGUCCGCCAGCGCCCUGCGCUGGGAGGGCCAAGUCACCGUGUACCACUACGACGGCGGGCCUUGCUAUCGCUGCGUGUUCCCCCAGCCGCCCCCAGCGGAGACUGUGACCAGCUGCGCGGACGGCGGGGUGCUCGGUGUCGUAACCGGGGUCCUGGGCUGCCUGCAGGCGCUGGAAGUUUUGAAGAUCGCAGCAGGUCUGGGUCCGUCUUACAGUCGCAGCCUGUUAAUCUUUGAUGCCCUCAGGGGCCAAUUUCGCUGUAUUCAGCUUCGGAGCCGCAGGCUCGACUGCGCGGCUUGCGGCGAGCGGCCCACUGUGACUGCCCUGCAGGACUACGAAGCCUUCUGCGGCUCCUCGGCCACCGAUAAGUGCCGCUCCCUGCAGUUGCUGAGCCCCGAGGAGCGAGUUUCGGUCGCCGACUAUAAGCGACUUCUGGACUCAGGCUCACCCCACCUGCUGCUGGACGUCAGACCUCAAGUGGAGGUGGACAUCUGUCGUUUGCCUCAUGCCCUGCACGUUCCCUUGAAACACUUGGAGCGGAGGGACGCGGAGAGCCUGAAACUCUUAGGAGACGCAAUCCGGGAAGGGAAGCAGGGCGCCCAGGCAGGGGCAGCUUUCCCAGUUUAUGUGAUUUGCAAACUGGGCAAUGACUCCCAGAGAGCCGUGAAGAUCCUGCAGUCUUUGACAGCAGUCCAGGAGUUAGAAUCUUUAGCAGUUCAGGAUGUUGUGGGGGGCCUCAUGGCCUGGGCUGCCAAAAUCGAUGGAACAUUUCCUCAGUACUGAAGUGGAUGGUAGAGCCUGACCGGAGCCAGAUGUGGAUUGAUUGCCCUGUGUUACCCAAAAGAUACAUUUGUUCCUUGUUUUUUUUUUUUUUUUUUUUUUUUUUUCCCCCUCAGGAAUGCGUGGAAGAGAGACUGGGAUUGUCCAAUAACUGAAUACAUGGACUCCUUUUUAUAAGGGGCUUUUCUGUUGUAAUGUAUUGGAUGUUGUAGUUAUUAAUGGAUUUUAAUACAGUUUCUGAGAAGUGGCUUGUGUUUUCAGCAUUUGGAAGCUGUUUUGAACAUGUGAAUUUUAUUUUUUUGUUUUUGUGAACAUGUGAAUUUUAAUGUUAAGUGACAGGAUUUUGUGUUUUGACAGGUCAUUUCUCUGUUCUGCUUUUUUUCUCCACCUCCCCCAACAAAAAUACUUUUUUUUUUUUUUUUUUUUAAGAUUUUGUUUAUUUAUCCAUGAAAGACAGAGAGGCAGAAGCAGGAUUCCCAUGGAGCAGGGAGCCUGAUGUGGGACUCGAUCCCAGGACCCCGGGAUCACAACCUGAGUCAAAGGCAGACACUUAACCGAUUAAGCCACCCAGGUGUCCCUCAAAAAAUAUGUUAAAUCGUCUAUUUUAAUGCUUGGCAAGUUGUAGUAAACUUAGUCUUCCUGAAUUGAUCACAGGUGAUACACUUAAGGACAGUUUAUUUACUAAGACACUGGGUCUUCUCUCUACUUCAAAUGAUAGCAUAUAUUCUACAGAAAUGUCUAAAAAUGUAAAUUAGUUUAAUUAUAUGGGAAAGGGUCAUUCUAUUGAAUACUUCAAAUUAAUAUCAAAGAUAUUUCUAGUAAGGUAAAGGAAACUACCUUAGCAUUCUGUCAGUUUUCUCAUAAAUUGCUGGCUUAAAAAGACUUUUUUUUUCUUGCAGUGAUUGUACUCUGUCUUACUGUGGUUUGGCUUGCUUUGGAAUCUUCAAGCCUGAGCCUCAACCUCCUGCCCUCCUUUGUCCUUUCUUCCUUAUCCAGUUUGUUCUUUUACUUUCUUACUGGCCAAGGAUGCCAAAUACAGUUUUGAAUUAAAGUGGAAUAGUAAGCAUUUUUAUCUCCUUCAUUAUCUAAGGUGAAAAACUUUUGACUAUUUGACCAAUAUUACUUGUUACUUUACUGUAGCUACUCUUUAUCAGAUUAAAGAAGUUUCCUUCUUUUUAUA